AGGCCGCUCUCUUUCUUCCCCAACAAUCCAAAUCCAUCCAAUCACUCUGACCGCUAGCUUUCUUUCUUCCCCAACAAUCUUCGGGAGGCUUCUUCCCUCCGCCGCCAUGCCCGCCGCCCGCCUGCUCCCGCUGCUCAGACGCCGCCUCGCCACCACGAUCUCCGACGCGCACGCUCCCUCCUCCCGAGACGAGUUGAGUGCUGAACUGAGAGGUCGUGUCGUCGCAGGAUUUUCGUUUCCUCCAACCACAUCUGUGGGGCUAAGAUCCCUCCUGACAGUUACCGAAGCAAGCACCAAUGCAUCCGACAACAAUCCUUUGGACCAAGAGCAAGACAGCUCCAAAACUGACACCCCUCCAGCUUCAGCCCCUGCACCGGAGCCCAGCUUCAAGGUCAGAGAUACCUCCAACCUGAAGAUCUCGCCCAGGCAUGACCUUGCCAUGGUCUUCACAUGCAAGGUCUGCGAGACAAGGUCAAUGAAGAUGGCCAGCCGGGAUUCGUACGAGAAUGGAGUUGUGGUUGCACGCUGUGGUGGCUGCAACAACCUCCACCUUAUAGCAGAUAGGCUAGGCUGGUUUGGGGAGCCAGGGAGCAUUGAGGACUUCCUAGCAGGGAAAGGAGAGGAGGUGAAGAAAGGUUCAACAGAUACUCUCAACUUCUCUCUCGACGACUUGGUUGGGUCUCAGGUCAGUUCAAAGGGGCCUUCUGAACAAAAUUAGGCUUCUUCCUGAUAUGGCGGUAGCUUUUCGACCAGCAAGUACCUGUAGAGGCAACAUUAGUAUUAGGGAAGUCCCACAAAUUUUGUUCAACUUCAUGGCUUCUCAUGUGUAUCUCUCAAGCCCAUCGAGUGCAUGUCAUUGUGAUCUAUUGCAGUGUAGCUGUUUUACUGAAAACUCAUCCAUGGGUUUUAAGCCCACAUAAAUGACUGGUGAAUUUCUUGUGAAAACUACCUGCAUUCUGAUUCUGUACUGAGUUUUUUUAAUCA